AAACAAAAGUCCAAGUCUUCACAAAGAAAUAGAGUCAUUAAUGGAUGUAAGACUUUUCUUGAUAACGUACAGUGUACAGAUCAAAAAAGAGACAUCAACAUUGACUUUUGGUCCAACCAGCAAAGUGGUGCUGCCCUUCCCGGACCUGCAUGAAAAGAGAGGAUACCUUGUGCACCGGCCUGGCCUUUCAACAUAUUAAUGCAAGACUUGUCAAAGUUCUAUAUUUGCCUCUGGCACAACUGCAAGCUUGAUUUUUAAGGUCUUUCAGUAGAGAUGACCAUCUUUUUCCUCCUGCACUUACUUCUCGUAAUCAUGGUAUUUUUUGCUAUGGCUGGUGAAGGAACAUAUGAUUGCAGAGAGUCCAGGUGUGGAAGUGAUGGCCCUAGCAUUCAUUUUCCCUUCAGGCUUCAACAUCAGCCGGAAUAUUGUGGCUAUCCUGGCUUCGAGUUAUCUUGUGACAGCAAAAACAAAACUAUACUCACCCUUUCCAAUUCAGUUAGACUAUCUGUUGAAGAAAUUGAUUAUAUGUCUCAGCAGAUUCGCCUUUAUGAUCCUGAACGUUGUCUUAUUCUUAAGCUAGUUCACCUUAAUUUAUCAACAUCUCCUUUCUUUUUCACUGUUAAACCCUAUCUUACACUAGAUGACUAUUCGGUUUUCAAAUGUUCUGGUAUCCCAGCAGAUUAUCUGGGCCAACAACCUUGUGCCUCUGACAAAGCAAUAGUUGCUAUUGACUCCUCAUGGUCUUUGGAUGAUCUCCCCCCUGCAACUUGCAAAAAGAUUCUCGAAAUUCCAUCAGUUCCCUACAGUAUAGAGAACAAUUACCUUCAACUCCGUUGGUCAAAUCCGAAAUGUAGCUACUGUGAAGGUCUUGGAAAGGAUUGUGGCUUCAAGAACUAUACUAAGCAACUGAGAACCCAGUGUCUUGACCGACCAUACACUACAAAAGCUGGUACAUUAAAGAAACCACUGAUUGCAGGUGGAGUUCUAGGUCUUAUUCUUUUGGGAAUUAUUAUGUUGGCACUCUAUGAGUUUUAUAGCUCAAGCAAAAUAGAAAGAGAGAAUCAAGCGAGAGUUGAAAAUUUUCUGGAAGACUACAGAGCUCUCAGGCCUACUAGAUAUACUUACGCAGAUCUUAAGAAGGUAACAAAUCUGUUUCAGGAAAGAUUGGGAGAGGGAGCUUACGGGGUUGUUUAUAAAGGAACACUUUCUAAUGAAAUUCAUGUUGCUGUCAAAGUGCUAAAUGACUCCAUAGGAAAUGGGGAAGAAUUUAUUAAUGAAGUUGCAGCAAUGGGAAAAAUCCACCACUUCAAUGUGGUUCGCCUAGUUGGCUAUUGCGCUGAUGGAUUCAGAAACGCUCUUGUGUAUGAAUAUUUGCCAAAUCAGACGCUUGACAAACUCAUUUUUCCAGCAAGUUCCAAAGAUCGCAUUAUCCUUAAUUGGAAGAAGCUUCAAGAUAUUGCUAUGGGUAUAGGGAAAGGACUGGAGUAUCUUCAUCAAGGAUGUGACCAACAAAUCCUUCAUUUCGAUAUCAAACCCCAAAAUAUUCUGUUAGACCAUAACUUGAACCCAAAGAUCUCUGAUUUUGGUCUUGCCAAGUUAUGCUCUAAAGAGAAAAGUGUUGUAACCAUGACUGAAGCUAGAGGAACCAUGGGUUAUAUUGCACCAGAAGUAUUAUCCAGCAAUUUUGGAAAAGCGUCUCAUAAAUCUGAUGUCUAUAGCUUUGGAAUGAUGCUACUUGAAAUGGUUGGAGGGAGGAAAAAUUUUGACGCAAAAGCCAAUACUAGCCAAAUGAACUUUCCUGAGUGGAUUCAUCAACAGCUGAAUCAAGGAGAGGAGUUAAAAAUCAGGAUCGAGGAAGAUGAUGAUAUCAUAAUUGUAAGGAAAUUGGCUAUCAUAGGACUUUGGUGCAUACAAUGGAAUGCAACGGAUCGACCUUCCAUCAAAAUUGUUACGCAAAUGCUAGAAGGAGAUGGUAGCAAUCUAACUAUUCCUCCUCCUUUUACAGCAAGAUACACCACCCACGUAGGAGCUGGAGUGAUUGCAUGCCCUUCUAGCGAAGAGUUGACAAUGAUAUCAGAACUAGAAUGAAUGAAAGCUGCAUCUAAAGUUCUGAUGUCGGAUUUGGUACAAGUGGAUGCUUGAAUUUCAGUAAUUUAAUUAGAUAUCUUUCGAGUCAUUUAGCUGCUACAUCUCAACUCUUUUACAUGUGCAAGAUAUUUAUUGUGACUGCGUCUAGUUUGUUAUUCCCUGUAAUGCUAAGAAUUGAGUGUAAUAUUGCAACUAGAAUGAACGGAGGCCUUAAUUACAGAUCAAAUCUUGCACAUAAAGUUCUUAUGUUAGAUUCAGUACAAGUGGAAGCCUGAAUUUUGUAUAAAGUAUUUUAGUACUUCCAUUAGAUAUGUUAAGCCAUUUAGGUGCCACUGUUCAACUC